CCAAUUUCAAAAGGCAUCGGGUUGCUAGGGGACUGUUCAGGAAGCUGUACAGCAAUGAGUACAAUUCUGUGGCGGCAGGUGCUCCGUUGGUCCAUUCUUAGAAAAACACGCGUUGUACAUCGUUCUGAGCUUCAGUGCCCGGUCCUAAAAAAAUGGGAGGGAGGGCACCCAGUCGCCUUGUGCAGAAAACUCUGCUCCAGUUAUGUGGAGGGACGUGCAUCAGAGCUGCACAGACAAGAAGUGUCCCCUCAAGGCCAAGAGGGCUGCCAGGAGACAGUACGCUCACUGAUUAUUAUGGGAUUCACCGAGGCCCAGGCCACCGAGGUUCUUGAAGGACCAACAGGCAACCGAGUGGGUGUGGCUGCUAAGCGCCUUGCCAUGCUGUCCACUCUUGUGGCCCUGGGCCUGAACCCUUCCACCAUCUUGAAGAUUUUGAGCAAAUGUCCAGAGCUGUACCUGGUGAAGGGAGCCCAGAUGCAACAGCGCAUAGACAACCUGCGCAGACUGGGGCUUUUAGAAGGUAACCUUCAGCGUGUGAUAAGCCACUGCCCACAACUCCUCACCCUCACCCCCAAAAGGGUGAACACUAUGGCUCGAUUUCUGCAAGAGAAGUGCCAUUUCACAGGGCAGCAAGUCACAGACAUCCUCCGUGAUUCCCCAGCCACACUACUGGAGGACAUGGCCCAGGUGGAAUACAAGUUUCAGUAUGCCUAUUUCCGGAUGGGGGUCAGACAUGCAGAAAUGCUCAAGUCCGGGCUCUUCCGAGUCUGUCUGGAUGAAGUGCGCUUCAGGCACGCUUUCCUGGAGCGCCUGGGACUUUACCAGGCUCCCGACAAGAAGGGGCAGACGCGUGUUGUCAAUCCCAAGCUGAAAGAAUUCCUGCGGGUCUCGGAGGAAACCUUUCUCACAGAUGUGGCCAGGGCAACGCAGGAGGAGUUUGAGGUCUUCAGGAAGCUUCUGGCUCGAGAGCUCAAAGAGGAGAGUCAGGAGGAAAAGGUGGAGUCGGACAGCGAGGGGGAGGAUGAAGAGGAAGGCUAUGAGAGUGAGGACAGCGAUCACACGGGUUACAGGAGGACGAGAAAGAAAUGACACCAUCAAGCUGGAAUCAAGAAUAUGAUUUAUAUGAAGAAUUCAGAGUGCAGAACACAACAGCCCAAAAAUGCACCACAGUGCUGAUGAGUGCUACAAGAGACAGAUAUGUGUGAUGUAUGUGUAAAAUGCAGAUUUUCCAGUUGGUAUAUGUAUAUAAAAGCAUGAGAAAUGCUUUUGAGAAAGACUGAGGCAGCAAUGUUGUAAGAUAACUUUCAAUUCCUGCUCUGUCCCUUGUUUUUUUUCCCCAUCCUCUUAUACAUUCUGCACAUCUGAAAGGAUGCACAUUUGACAUUCUUUAGUCACUUUGCAAAUUGUAUAUUUUAAAGCAGAUAUUAACGUGCUUGGAUGUUUCAUUAUACUAAAAUAAACAAUAUCUGAACUACAA